AGAUUGAGUUUGAGUAUGAGUAGUGUGUUAUGUUAUUGUUUGCAAUGUGGGGGAUAAAUAUGAAAAGUACUGAAGUAUUGUUAUGACAGCUAGAGUUACGACUAGUUAACUGUCAUUCUGUGUCUGUUGUAUAGUAAGAUGUUAAACUGUCGCAGUAUUUUAAAACUCGCGCAACAGACUGGGGCACUAGUCCAGCAGAAAUUGAUAUCGUCUGUAAGACAGUCGGCAUGUGAUUUGCCAAAAAUAAGGCCCUGCAACGUUUUACAGCAGCAAAUAAGGCCGGCGACGUUCUUCAAUAAAUUGCCUGCUGAAGAACUGUGGAAAGGUGUAACCAGCGUUAGCAAUGCGGGCAAGAAAAGAGGUCGGGGUAAGGGAGUGGGAAAGAAGAUAGCGAAGAACUUAAAUAAAGGUCAAAUUAUAGGUGUUGGAAAGGCAAACAUAGUAUGGCCAGGCUUGACUGGGCCAGUUGUUCGAGGGCGAGAGUUAGUGCAACAGCAGCAGCUUCCUGAAGACACAGAACGUGAAGCGCGCCUCAUUAAAAUGCGCAAUGAGAUGGGUGUCUUUCGAAGACUGCGCCUAGCUCCUACCGAGCGGGGCUGGUCUGGUGCAAAGAUGCCUGGACGCAGCAUUGGUCCUCCAGAUGACAUAGGUGAAGAUACUUUUGAGGGCUUUGACACAAGAGUCUUAGAGAUGAAAACUGUAAUAAACAUGAAAGGCAAUUUUGGACGUUAUCGAAGAAUGAGUGUGAUGGUUGUGACUGGUAAUGGCAAUGGACUGGCGGGUUUUGCUCUUGCUAAAGCUGUGGAGCCAAGGGCUGCUUUGCGCAAGGCCAAGAAUAGAGCUGGUCAGCAGGUCAUGCAUGUUGAUUUGUUUGAAGGAAGAACAGUGUUCCAUGAUUUUUUUAGUCAGUUUGGGAAAACAAAACUCUUUGUUAGCAAGAGACCUGAAGGGUAUGGCCUUGUAUGUCAUCGAGGCAUACGUACAAUAUGUCAAGUUCUGGGCAUUAGAGACCUUUAUGCUAAAGUUGAAGGCUCUACAAAUCUUAGCCAUAUUGUAAAGGCAUUUUUCAUAGGACUAAUGCAGCAGAAGAGUCACCAUGAACUUGCAGAAGAAAAAGGAUUACAUCUAGUGGAAAUGAGGGAGGAAAAUGCUUCCUUUCCACGUGUUGUUGCUUCACCAACUGUGUGCCGUUCUUCUAGUGAUAUUCCAUCAGAUGAAAUCCGUGAUUUGACACAGUACGCUCUUGGUGGCAGAGUUGUUUUACACAAGAAAAAAUGGCCUCCAUUUUACACCAAUCUACCCUUCUGGGAUACAGUUAUGAAGAAAAUGGAGAAAGUUCGAAACCAUGACAAGGUGAGAUUGGAAAUGCUGAGUGAGUAUGGGGAAGUACGCAGCUUUUUGACAGAGAAGUAUCCUGAAUGUAAACCAAUAAGAUUCAGCAAAUCAGAUAAAAAUGCAGAAGGAGACAACUAAUAAACUAAUAAAUUAUUUUACUAUGUAAUUGUAAAGAAAAUAUUAAAGCUAAAUACUCAA